ACCUCAUUUUCGUCCGUUUCCGGUUUGUGUAGCGCAGCUGCAGCUCUGGUGUAACAGCUGACAACCAGCUGAAAAUACGGCAGCAUUGAGUCCAGAAACCUCGUUUGUUGUCACCACAGGGCUCACAAUGGCCGUGGCCAUGAGUUCAACGUGUCCUGGCAUGUACUGUGGCCGGAUGAUGGUCAACGGAACAGUGGAGGGAGAGUGUGGUGUUUGUCCUCGUGGAGAACGGGCCAACCUCCAGAAUGUGUGUGAACGCUGCCUUGAGUCCCCCGAGCUGUACGACUGGCUGUAUCUGGGCUUCAUGGCCAUGUUACCCCUAGUGCUGCACUGGUUCUUCAUCGAGUGGUACUCUGGAAAGAAGAGUUCCAGUGCUCUGCUGCAGCACAUCACAGCCAUGUUGGAGUGCAGUGUUUCAGCUGUGGUCACCCUGCUGGUCACAGAGCCAGUGGGAAAGCUCAGUAUCCAUUCCUGUCGGGUCCAGAUGCUGUCAGACUGGUACACCAUGCUGUACAACCCCAGUCCAGACUACGUCAACACAUUACACUGCACCCAGGAGGCCGUCUACCCACUCUAUACCAUUGUGUUGAUUUACUAUGCAUUCUGCUUGGUGCUGAUGAUGCUGCUGCGUCCUUUGCUGGUGAAGAAGAUAGCAUGUGGUCUGGGCAAAUCUGAUCGCUUCAAGAGCAUCUAUGCUGCUCUGUACUUCUUCCCCAUCCUCACUGUGCUGCAGGCUGUGGGAGGAGGGCUGCUCUAUUAUGCGUUCCCGUACAUCAUACUGGUCCUGUCUCUGGUAACACUGGCUGUUUACAUGUCUGCCUCUGAGAUACAGUCUUUUAAGAACCUGGUUGCCAAGAAGAAGCGUCUGGUAGUCCUGUUCAGCCACUGGCUGCUCCACGCGUACGGCAUCAUCUCCAUCUCCCGAUUGGACAAGCUGGAGCAGGACCUGCCGCUGUUGGCCCUUGUGCCGGGCCCCGCCCUAUUCUACAUAGCCACAGCCAAGUUCACUGAGCCCAGUCGCAUCCUGUCUGAGGGUGGCAACGGACACUGACAAAUCCAACAUGGAUACAGUUUCACACAUUGCUACAGUGCAGAUUUUUAGCUUCCAGCACUGAGGCAGCAGUAGACUGACAGCAAAGUGUUACAGAGUUUUCUGGGUUAAUGUGAUCAAACAUGCUCAACCUGUCAACGACCAUUUAGUGAUGACAUCAUGUGGCUGGGAAUGUUAUUUGACAUUGGGAAACAUCCUAAAACUCCAAAUUUGCUGAAGUACAUGAACACUUAAAGUUGGACAUUAAGUUAUAAUUACUUUAGGUCUGUAUAAUUAAUAUAACUCCAUUCAUGAUUUGUGAACAGCACAGGUGGUGUCUGAUCUGUUGCAGGGUCAGUUUUUUUUACACGGCUGAAUGCCAUCGUAUUUAUAAUAGUUUAACACAUAUGUUCUCGUUGGAGUAUGACUCUUCACCGUCCACACUGAGAGCUGGUCACAGUGCUCACAUUAGUUUAUAUCUCAUGUUAUCAUGGUCACAACUAAUGAUUCUGCUCUCUCUGACUAAAUUAAUGUAUCAAUUAUUUUUAAAUCAUUUCUAAUGUAAUUUAUAAAACUAGUGACAAAUGUCAAUGACAAGUUACCACACAGUGAUGUCUUUAAAAGACUCACUUAGUUUGAAGACCCAAACAGAGUGCUGCAGGAAUAAGUCCUAAAACCAGGAAGUGAGUUGGCACUUUAGCACUCCUGGUUCCUUCAUCUCAAAGUCAAUGUUUUUUGAUGAAAAAAACACCUGAAAUAAGGUCUGUGGUUAACACAAGCAGAAGAGACUUUCAGGUUUUGUCCUACGACAUAAAAACAUAAGUAAAUACCCCACUUGUACAUUUUUGAACCUUUUAUGUGUCUUAAAAAAGGCGGUCGCUAAGAAGUGGCUAAGGGAGAUGACAUAAUGCCAUCAUGCCGAACACGGCUUUAAAGCCUCACUGUGGUGGUGACGUUGUAGUCACGUGACUGUGGUGUAGUUCGUUCAUUGCCCAACGUUAGCUUUUUACUUCUGCUGAUAGUGUUUACACUUCACAAACCACACAGGUGGUGUACAUUGCCAAGAUUAUUGCUGAACAAAACGUGCAAGUGUCAUAAAUGUAUGUUAUGUCUGUUAUGUCAGAGGUUGUUUUUUUUGUUUGUUUUACUUCUGCGCCGGCCAACAAAAAAAAGCACUCUCUAGAUUUGAUUGACAGUGAUACAGAACAGAAGAAAUCUGCAGAGGCUGGACAGUGUUUGGUUUUAAUGAGAUAAUGGAACUGAACAUUUUCUAGAAACUACAUCUUACUUGUUUUAAAUCUGUUUUUGGACAAACAAAUCCUAAAUUCACUAUUUAUAACCUGCCUGUCUUAUAUUUAUUUGACCUUAUCCCAAAGUGUGUUGAGAGAUUUUUUUUUUCAACAUUUAUUCUCACCCUGUACAUCUUGUAAAUACAGUAAAUGUUGUAAAUGAAGGCUGAUGGUAUCCUGGUUGCUCAGACCACCUCAGGUUGUGGUGGGGAGAUUUACUGGGCCUCAUGUAUAUAAGUGUAAUAUAUAUAUCUGGGAUGUGCCGCUCAUGUAUUAACCAUUAUGUUGGAGUUGCACAGUGGAGCAUCCAUUUUCUGAGAGAAAGACCUGGAAAUCUUAGAAUAAUCCAGCUCAAGUCAAGAGUGACAUGUCCAGUCUUACAAAACUCUCACCAUCUGGAUGAAAAAAUGAAUGAUAUAAAAGAUUUUUAACCAAUUACCAGAGGCACCUGUUAAUUCGUAUUUAUCAAGAUUGUAGUAUGUUGAUGUUUUCUGUUUAUCUGUAUAAUUGUUACUUUAUAUUUUUCUUAUUUCAAUACACACUAACAGUUUGAACACAAUGAACAAAGAGAUAAGACUAGGGACCAUCUUGCGAUUUAAUCACUCCAGCUGUGACACAGCGAUACACGACUUUAAACAAAUGUGAACCAGGGGUGUAAAUGAGGGGGCCAAGGCUCCUUCCCAACUUGUUACUCCCCUACCUUCAGCGUCCUCGCUCAGAAUACACCCAUCUCCAAAUUUGCCCUUCAAUUUGUUCUCAACCACACACCUGUACAGUUUUUGUUUGUUGACAAAAAUCAGUCCACAGACACCUGGCAAAGUACCCAAAACAGCUUCUGUCGUAGUUCCCACUGCUUUUCAACGAUAUUGAAUUUUAGCUGCUUUGAUAUUUGAUAUGCCGAUAUGUAACAACUCGUUUGACCAAUAAGCAAUAUUGAUAUUGAUAUAUCCACUUUUCCCCCAGAUAAUUUUAGUGAUCAUCAAGUCUCCCCUGUAGUGAAAUUAACAUCACAUUAUACCUGUAUACUGUUAUCAUGAUGGCCCACCAGCAGAUGGAGACAUUAAACAGAAUGCCUUUCACUGUAUGUAAUAUUCAUUCAUUGUGCAAAAUAAGAAAAAGCAUGUUGGCUGAUUCAAACAGUUCAUUUAAAGCCAAUAUUGGCCGUACCAAUGACAUGCAGAUAUUAUUGUGCAUCCCUAACUAUAUACCAGGACCUCAUUUUGCCAUGAUGACAUAUUCAACACAGACUUGUGAGGCCAAAGCAAUACCAGCUGUUGUGACGUUGUCGGGGUUACUAAAAUGAGCCUGGAUAGGAAGUAGACUUAGUCUGUUUUAUUGUGCAGUGGACAGAAUAUGUGUUUUCAUCCGGAUGAUUGUUGAAAUCUGUCCUGAGCUGCAGAAGGUGUCACAGCUGUGAAUUUUUCAAAGAUUGCCAGGGUUGAUGUUUCCCAGUAAUCUAUGAGAGGCACAGACUCGGGUAAGGUGAGAGGAGAUGUGUAAAUACUGUCACUGCUGUGUGUUUUACUUAAUUGUAUUUGCACUAAAGAUAAAAUGAUCCAGUGAAAUACAUAGAAGCAUCUGUCUAUGACAUGUCAGUGCUUGUGUGAUGCUGUUAGUUUUGUCCUCUGUCCUGCAGCUGUAGUCCUUCACAUAACCUUCAGUGGUUUGAGUCAAAGCUGCUGACAUUCUGUAUAUUAUUGAAAAUAUAUGUAAGCUUGUACAUAUGAGUGUAUUCAGCAGAGUUUGCUACAGGCACAAACUCAAUUUACAAAUGAAUGUUUCAGUGAGCAGUGUUGUGUGUAGCUACCUGUAUGAUUCCAUGAGCUCUGUGUGCAUUCAAGGUAUUAAGUGAAGCCUGUCAGCAUGAUCUCAGAGCUCAGGUAUGUAUGAAUCAGCUUCAUAGAUCUGUUAAACAUGCACCUGCCCCCAGAGUCAAACAAAAGGCAGACAUGUUGUGUACCUCCUGAGGUAAGAAGCAUGAAGUCAUUGUGGUUAGGUGACAUUUUACUGCCUGAUGCAAAUCUUAUCCAGCUCCAUGCGACACAUCACGUGGAGCACACAUUACCAGUGCAAAGAUAAACAGAUAACUCGACUAACCUGCUGGUUAAAACAUUGGCUGCUUUUGCAUGUGAAAUUCAAUCAUGUAGGCUCUCAGCACUUUCUGUAUUAGAGAAGACAUAGUAUGUGCCAAAUGUGAACACACACACACACACACACAGCUGGAGUGGAGCUACCUUAUUGUUUGCUGCAGCAUGGCCUUCUUUAUAUCAUAUCACUUGUAAAGUAUAUUGCAGGACAUUUUGUACACAGUAUGUUUUUACCUCCUGAACCUGCCUUUCUACAGUUCCCCACCUCCAUUUUCCCUUCUUCCUUAUUUGCCUUGCCCCUCUCAUUCAUUUGUGAAGUUUAAGAGUCAAAGGAAAUAUAUUUAAAAAAAAAUGGUGUGACAGAAAUUUGUUUCUUUUUUCUAUUUCCAGCGUUAAUGUGUCAUGAGACUGUUCCAAAUAUAAAUUGAGAAAUAAAGAACUUUUGCUUCUUCCUA